UAUAUCGAAAGCAUGUAACCAAAAAAAUUUCGUACAAAUUAUUUCCAUAUAUUCAUUCUGUAUACUAAUAUACACACGCGUUUCAUUUAGUUUACCUUCAGUCUCUGAAGACGAUAACUUGGUUAUAGAAACGCCCGUCAGACAGUGUAAUAGUAGUUUUGGUGUAGUGGUAGUGUGUUUAGUAUUAGUGGCUUCAACAAGAGUUAUAUGAAGCUUCAAAUCUAAAAGGAACUUCACAAACCAUGACGAAUGUUUCAAGAAAUGCUAGAAUUCGGGCUGAUAAUGCUCCGCAACUGAGCAGGCAACCCGUGUAAUUAGAUUAAGAUUCUCACGAGAACAUGAGUCCAGAUUUUGUCUAAGUACUUCAGAUCUGAGAAAACCUGUUUGUAGAAGAAUUGAUGAGAGGCUGAAUAUAACGCAGCUGAUGUUAUAGUAAUGACCGUUAUUAGAUGUUUAGCAGUGUUAUAUUCUUAUUAUCAGUUUUGCAAAUUACAGAAAUUGGGUUCAAAAUAUAUACUGGGAAUAGCGGGGUUAUUCACAGUAUGUUCUAGUUUUAUAUUUACUUCAACAGUAUUAAAAAUUCUUCGUAUCAACGUCGCCGAUCUUAAAGAUGCAUUAUUCUUUUUCUUACUACUAAUUGACUUAUCCAAAGCAGCCAUGCUAGCACAAUUUGCUUUGAAUGCUUCAAAUCAGAACGAAGUAAAAACAAACAUUGCGAAAGGAAUGGCACUUUUAGGACCUACUAUUACUUUGGAUACUAUAGUCGAAACGUUGGUAAUUGGUGUUGGAACGUUGUCUGGAGUACAUCGGUUAGAAAUGCUGUCAUAUUUUGCUUGCUUAUCAGUUCUAGUUAAUUACAUGGUUUUUAUGACGUUUUAUCCGGCAUGUCUUUCUCUCACAUUAGAGUUGUCUCGAAGUACUGGAAUGUAUUCCAACAAGCAAAGUCUAAUUGCUAAAGCUUUUCGUGAAGAGGAUCAUAAAUCAAAUCCCGUUGUACAACGGGUGAAAUUGAUAAUGUCAGCAGGCUUAAUGUUAGUCCAUGCGCACAGUCGUUGGCCAUUCAAAGAAGAGGAUACUGAUGAUAUUGGAUCAUUAGUUGUGGAACAACAUAUCACUCUAAAUCGAACAGAAGAAAAUGCUUUACAUGGAUAUAUUAUGAAAUGGAUGACUCUAAGUGCUGACCAUAUAGUGAUAUUGGUAUUGUUGCUUGCCUUGGUAGUAAAAUUUAUCUUCUUUGAAAACAAAGAAGAGUUUACCGAAAAAAUCAAAGUGUCCAUGUCAGAAAACUUGGAAACAGACACAAAUAGCGAAUUCGUCAAGCUUAAUGAGAAACUCCAGAGCAAGUAUUUACCUCAGACUCACAUUUUCAGACCUGAAACAUUUAUUUUGGGUAGGAGUGAUAGUGAUGAAAAAUCAAGCUCUUUCAGUGAUGAUGUAGAGUAUGAAGACAAAUCAGUACAAACCUCAUUCUGUCAAAUAGAUUCUAGUCAGCUCUUGAACGACGAUAUCAACGAAAGCGAACUGUGUAGAAGUUUAGAAGAAUGUUUGUCCAUAUAUAAUGAUUCCGAUUUGGGUGCUGUCACCCUUACAGACGAAGAAGUAAUUCUGUUAGUACAAAAUAAACAUAUUCCUGGAUAUCAGAUAGAGAAAGCCGUCGAUAAUCCGGAAAGGGGCGUUAGGAUAAGAAGAAAAAUGUUGGCUAAAGACGCAAAUUUCAAAAAUCACUUAUUAGAUUUACCAUUUAAAAACUACGAUUACAGUAAGGUUAUGGGAGCUUGCUGUGAAAAUGUUAUUGGUUACAUGCCAAUACCUGUAGGAUAUGCGGGACCUUUAUUAUUGGACACUCAAGAAUUGUACGUACCCAUGGCAACAACUGAAGGAUGCCUAGUAGCUAGUACCAACAGAGGAUGUAGAGCUUUGAAAAUAGGUGGUGUUACAUCAAGGAUUGUUGGAGAUGGAAUGACUAGAGGGCCUGUGGUUAGAUUCCCAUCUUUAGCUAAAGCAAGUGCUGCUAUGAAAUGGAUAGAAAAUCCAGAAAAUUUUGCAUUAAUGAAGGAACAAUUCGAUUCUAGUAGUAGAUUCGCAAGAUUGACUAAAAUCAUGAUAAGAAUAGCAGGAAGAUACCUUUUUAUCCGUUUUGUUGCCAAAACAGGGGAUGCUAUGGGUAUGAAUAUGCUUUCAAAAGGAACAGAAAUUUCAUUGAAGUUUGUACAGAACGAGUUUCCUGAUAUGGAGAUAUUAAGUCUUAGUGGAAACUUUUGUACUGAUAAGAAAUCAGCUGCUGUUAAUUGGAUUGAAGGUCGUGGUAAAUCUGUUGUAUGUGAAGCUAUCGUGCCAGCAAAAAUAGUAAGCACAGUAUUAAAAACAACAGUAAGCGCCCUAGUAGAUGUCAAUUAUUCCAAAAAUAUGAUUGGGUCCGCUAUAGCAGGAAGUAUAGGAGGAUUCAAUGCCCAUGCAGCUAACAUAGUCACUGCAGUAUUUAUAGCAACAGGUCAAGAUCCAGCCCAGAAUGUGAGUAGCAGUAACUGUAUGACACUAAUGGAGCCCUGCGGAUCAAAUGGGGAAGAUCUCUAUAUGUCAUGCACGAUGCCAUCUUUGGAAAUAGGUACAGUCGGUGGAGGUACUGUGCUUCCCCCUCAGGCAGCUUGUUUGAACAUGUUAGGUGUUAAAGGAGCACAUCCUGAAAAUCCAGGUGCAAAUGCUGAUCAAUUGGCUAGGAUAGUAUGCGGUUUGGUCCUAGCAGGAGAACUUUCACUGAUGGCUGCUCUAGCAGCUGGACAUCUUGUUCGAAGCCAUCUUAGACACAAUAGAUCCACUACGCUAUUACCAGAAAACGCGAACAUACAAUCUAUGAACGUUAUUAAGAGAGAAUUCCUUGCACCGCCCUGUAAAGAUACUUUUUAAAUAUAGUGUAAAGUGAAUUAGUGUUAAAAACCAUGAUGGAGUAUCUAGUCUUUGGUUAAAAUAGACACUGGUGUAAGAACGGGGGUUACUUUGAAGUGAUCUUUCUUGCACAAAGCGUCAAAAUAGAAGAUAAGUUGUUAUAUUUUGCAAUCUUCAUCUAUAACUGAACGAAUAUAUUCCUAACUAUUAUAGUGUCUAAAUAUCGCUUACAUUGACAUAUCCAUAUCAGGGGAUUAUAACAAUUAAAAUUGUCAAUAACUUUUGGCGGAAGUUCAAAAGACAGUAAAGCGCAUGGCAUAUGAAUGUAUUGACAUAUUAGUAAAAAAAUAAGUUGCUUUAGAUGUGAUUACAGUUUAAAGCCUUGGUUCUUUGGAUACUCAUCGUGAUGAGCGGUCAGUUCGUCGACCACAAUAAAAUUAUGUCAUCUGAUCAUACAUAAAAAAUUAUUCAAUACGUCUCUGUCUUAAAAAUAAGUAUCUAUAAAUGGAGUAUUGUUAAUAUUAUGGAAAAAGAAAAGUCUGAUACUCAUACAACCAGUUUGGGAAUGUGAAGUGGUAAAGAAUCUGUAAUCAUCAGACUAUGACAACCUGUUUAUGAUAGAACUCUUAACCCUUAAUUUGGCAGUGUAACUUACAAGAUACAUGACUUUCCCUGAUUUUUUGUUUAAAUUUAUCACCUUUAUUUUAGUUCCAUUAUCUACCUCAUCGUCUCUUUAGGCCUUGUAAAGUAACCUCAAUCAGUUUCCAACACACACUUGAAGUGAAAGUUUGUUUAUUUUGCAAAUUGGAACAGUGAAAUCAGCAUCAUCCAAAGAAAUGGCAUCGACCUCCGGUUGGAUAAGUUUUCAGUCAAUAUACUAUUAUUUAUCAUCUGAAUUCAGCUUUUUCAAAUUCAAACAAUGGAGUAUAAUACUUCAAGAGCUGGCUAUAUUCUUUCAUUAUGUAUGAUAGAUGUAUACGUUGAAGAACGUUCUGAUACAGAGGAUGCAUCACAAGCUCCAGAAGUGUCAAAGGAUGAGACAAUGAUGGACCUCUCUAUUGCUGUUUUCAUUACUUCGGCCGCCAACCUUAAACCAGCUUAUUUGGCAAUGUAUCCUACAAGAUACAUAUUGCUCCUCAUCCAAAAAUGAACCCAAGUUUUUCAAACUUCAAAAUUGGCUUAUUUAGACCUUAAAGAACAAUUUAAUAAAAAAUUUUUUUUAAUCAAUAAAUUCGUUACCAAAUUAAGGGUUAAACUCGUCUGGUACAAUUGCUCCAUGCUAUUAAAUGGUCUUUUUCAAUAUUAAUAGUUUCUGCAAAUUAUAAAACAUAGGUAACAGCUUCUUCUGGGCCUCUACCGUCUUUUCCUUCAGUCAAAAUCGUUUACCAAAAGCAUCACCCUUACUUUUACCAUUACUAUUUAUAGCUAAAGCUUAGAUUAUAGGAUAUACCGACAGACUGUUUUGAUAGCCAAUUUAUAAUAGCGUACUGUCAUGUGACUAAUUUUAUGCCUCUUAAACUUUUAGUCAUUUAAUUUCUUUAAAUCACAAAGGAAGUUAACCUCUUCUUAUAGAGUUAAUGAAAGUUGUCUGCUAAAUCUUGUCUGGAACUUAUGCUUAUGGCGACAUCUGUGAACCAGAGUCUGUACUAACGUAAAUUGAAUUAAUUACAACCUUGAUGCAUAUCAUGCACUAAUCGCUUCAAGUAUGUAAAUAAGACUAUUUUUUGCAUUCUUAUUAUUGCUGCAAGAGGAAAUAGCAAAUACAACGGUCAAAGUUUCCAAUAUGCCAGUUUUUAUAUCACCGUGCAAAAGGUGUGGAGAAGCCUUUUUGGAAAACAAGUUUAGGAAUUGUUUUUAGAAAGAACAAUGUUGUCAAAUCGUGAAUUUGUUUUAAAAAUAUGUGUAUCCAUAAAUUGUCUCUCUCAGUUUCCAUUUAAAUACUCUAGUUGGAUAAAAUCUUCAAAUAGCGAUGGUUUACAUCGACGGACUGUCCGCUCACUAAAUGUAAUGUUCAAAGCCACAAAGGCAUCAGAAGUAAAAAAUGGGCAGUAUUAUAUCGAUACUACCUUAUUGUCAAAUUUCCAGAGAAUAUGUGAGAAAAUAAACAUUUAAACAAAAUCAAUUCAGCCAAUGAUAAAACCGAUUCAUAAUUUUUUUACUCCAUUUACUGCGAAUGUAUAUUGAAGAUUUACGUAAAUGUUUUCUUAUAUUUUCUCCAACACAAGUUGAAAGAAUCUGUGAUGGUCGAUUAUUUUUCUUAGUAUUUUUAUAACGGAAUAAACUGCUUCUUUGUACAAGGAAACUUCUGUAAAUGGUCUUUAUUUUAAUUAUUUAAUUUAUGUAAAUAUACUUUUUUUAUUAU